AUGCUGCCACUCCCGCUGCGCCUCCGCCCCGGGCGGGUGAGGGGUGCCCCGCUGCUCUGCCCAGCUGCUCCAAGAGGAGCUGCUGCCAGCGACGGGCCCGGGAGAGGCCCAGCAGUCCCCCGAGCCGAACAGGCACACAAGGUGGUUGCAAGCUACAAACCUUCAAAGUUUGACAAAAAAAUCCUUCUCUGGACCGGACGCUUCAAGACGGAAGAAGAAAUUCCUGCGAGGAUCCCGCCAGAGAUGCUAGACAGGGCAAGGAACAAAGCCCGUGUUAAAGCUUGUUACAUCAUGAUCGGCCUUUCAAUUGUUGCCUGUUUUGCAGUGAUUGCUUCAGCAAAAAAGGCUGCAGCACGGCACGAAUCCCUGACAAGCUGGAACUUGGCAAAGAAAGAGAAGUGGAGGAAAGAGGCUGCACUGGCAGCAGAGUCAAAGCCAAAGUAACUUCAUGAGCUGCCCCAUGUCCUUGUAGGAGCAAAGUUAACGGUCAAGAGUGGUUAGUGAAUUCCACCACCAAAUGGACAACUUCAGCACUGCACAAACAGGAACAAACAGCAGCGAUUCUGAGAUCACAGAAACUGAGGUAUUUAUUAAAGACAGCAUACACACUUGCACCUGAUUAAAAUCAAGGUGUGUUGCACAUCAUUAAAACCAAUAAUUGCAAAGAGGAUGAGGUAGAUGCCUAAGAAUGAAAGGUAAAGGGCUUGCCAAGUGUCCACAAUCUGCCUUAAAACCUUUUUCAGGCUUGAUGUUGAGCUCUACUAAAAAGAUCAGAUCCUUACUGAAAAACCUAGUUGUGUUUUCUUAGUGAAAGGUUAAAAACAGCAGAGACCAAACAGUACUGAAGUGACAAUACUGAAACUGCAAAAACAAGGGGACAUACAAUUUUUGUAGUUCUAAGCAUGUAUCAAACUAAUUGGCAAGAAUGCUUCAAAUUUUACAUACUGAGAAGAGAAGGCUUGGGGAAAGGAAGGCAAGGGAAACAAAUCAGUGAUUACCAAAUUUUCCAGUCCUUAAAGACUUCAAUAAGAAAUCCCCAAACAAGUGGCCAGUUCUGCAUGUGAUCAUCAUACAACUGUGUUUGGUCAGAUGUUUAAAAAUCUAUUUAAAAACAAGAGGUGCUCUGCCACAGUGCACAAACCAGCCUUUCCAAAUUCAUUUUCCUCAAUGUUGUAUUCAAAAUGGCAUUUGUGUUUUCCAGCUUAAGAAGCCACACUCAUUAAAACACCAAAUAAGCACAUUUCUGCAAAAUAGGUCUUUAUUGGUUUCUGUACGGUAUUUGGAGAUUUAACAUUCCCUAAUAUUGCAUACUACUCAUAUGUGUUUUGUUACAGUAACGGGCCUUUGGCCUGGAUUUUAAAGAUGCACUAUUGCUAUCUGAAGAUAAUACAGGUAUGUUAAGUUUGUACACAUUAUAUGAAGAUCUUGUGCGGUAACUGAAAUUUCUCAUUCCAGAUUUCAGUGAAUUCUUGAGGUCACUGUUGAAAUUUUAUCAGCUGGCAGACCAAUGACAAAAAUCCUCAGUUGGACAAUUUAAUAAAUUUAAACCAACUGAGAACAAAGGAAAGACAAUAGUGCAUCCUUUUUUUUUUUUUUUUUUUUUUU